GGAUGGCCCAAGGUGUGAAGGUGUAAAUGUUGAUAUUUGCGUUGGUGAUAGCAGCAGUCAUAACAAAAAUAGUGAUGUUAGAGCAGCUGAUUUUGAUGGUCACCAAUUGAUGAGGAAUUUGUCUGCAGCUUAUGUAUCCAGUGCGGCUUCGGGGGUUGAGUCUGGUCGCCAGAGGCAUGCCCCGCUUUAUGGACGCUUUGUGGUCGAGGAGGAACUUCCCGCAACACAUCGAGAUGUAAUGCAUCACCGAUCUAGUCCAACGUCGUCGUCUGAAGUGCGAGCUAUGCAGGCACGAAUCCCAACACAUUUUCGUGAUCCAGCAACAGCGCCGCUUCGAAAACUAAGCGUGGAUUUAAUCAAGACCUACAAGCAUAUAAAUGAGGUUUAUUAUGCGAAAAAGAAACGACGCGCUCAACAGACUCAAGAUGAGGAGGAUUCUUCAACUAAAAAAGAACGUAAAUUAUAUAACGAUGGUUAUGAUGACGAUAAUCAUGAUUAUAUUAUUAAAAAUGGAGAGAAAUUCUUGGAUAGAUAUGAAAUAGAUUCUUUAAUAGGUAAGGGAAGUUUCGGACAGGUGGUUAAAGCCUAUGACCAUGAAGAGCAAUGUCAUGUAGCGAUAAAAAUUAUUAAAAAUAAAAAACCGUUCCUAAAUCAGGCACAAAUUGAAGUUAAAUUACUGGAAAUGAUGAAUCGCGCGGAUGCUGAAAAUAAAUACUAUAUCGUAAAACUAAAACGGCAUUUUAUGUGGCGUAAUCAUUUAUGUUUAGUGUUUGAACUGCUCUCCUAUAAUUUAUACGAUCUGCUGCGGAAUACGAAUUUUCGUGGUGUGUCCCUAAAUUUAACUCGUAAAUUUGCCCAACAGCUUUGCACUGCUUUACUCUUCCUGAGUACACCAGAACUGAAUAUAAUUCACUGUGAUUUAAAGCCCGAAAAUAUUUUACUUUGUAACCCGAAGAGAUCAGCAAUUAAAAUUGUGGAUUUUGGUAGUUCUUGUCAGCUGGGCCAAAGGAUAUAUCAAUAUAUUCAAUCACGUUUUUAUCGAUCACCCGAAGUCCUCCUUGGCAUACCAUAUGAUUUAGCAAUUGAUAUGUGGUCACUGGGUUGUAUACUAGUUGAAAUGCAUACUGGUGAACCACUAUUUUCUGGUUGUAAUGAAGUUGAUCAAAUGAAUAAAAUCGUUGAAGUGCUUGGUAUGCCGCCAAAGUAUUUACUAGAUCAAUCAAAUAAAACGCGUAAAUUUUUUGACAUAAUUGUUUCGGAUGGAUCGUAUGUAUUAAAGAAAAGUCAAAACGGUCGAAAAUAUAAACCUCCAGGAUCACGUAAACUUCAUGAUAUACUUGGUGUAGAAACGGGGGGCCCUGGGGGACGUCGUCUGGGUGAACCCGGUCACUCUGUGGCGGAUUAUUUAAAGUUCAAAGAUUUAAUAUUAAGAAUGUUGGAUUUUGAUCCGAAGUCACGUGUUACACCUUAUUAUGCCUUGCAACAUAAUUUUUUCAAACGUACUACUGAUGAGGGUACGAACACAGCAGCGAACAUAGCAAUAUCAUCACCGUCGGUUAGUUCGACGUCGUCUUCAGCCAUUGGUCAAGGCCAACAGCAACUGUUACCAAGUAGUGCGGUGCAACAUCAAGAACAACAAAGUCAUGACGAUCGACGAUGACCGGUAGUGCCUCGGGAGCAGAGCAGCUUCACGUCAUCAUCAUCUACAGCUUCCUCAGGUUCGGUAUCAGGAACGACGGCAACAGGACAAAUUGAAACCAAAACCCAUUUUGUUUAAAAACAAUAAUAACUGUCCUAUUUUAAAAUCAUAGCAAGCGACAAGAGUUUAUCAUGUAGCGCUAUAUACCAUACAAUUUAUGCUUCAAAUAGAAAUAUGUACACAUUAUACCACAUAUACUACGUUCCAUGGAACAAUUAAUAAUACAACAAACUAUGUUCAUUGUAAAUUAACAGAUAUGCGUCAGAAGAAGAGCUAAGGUGUUUGAAUGAGAGAGAACUAUGAAUGUGUUAUAUUGAAUGUAGGACUGUGAGUGCAUGUUUUAGAAGUUCCAUUAGUCAAAUAAACAAUGUAAAAACAUAUUUAUAACUCAUUUUAUUUGUAACAACUGUAUAGUUAAUUUUUAUUUAUAUAUAUUUUCAAUCUAUUUAUUAGAACCUUAUAUUGACUGCCAUCAACUAAAUUAGUUUUAUAAAUCUAUUACAUUUAAAUAAUUAUACAAAAGAGUUAUUAUGUGUGACUACUAAAAUUUCCUACCAUUUAACAUAUAAUUAAAUUAACAAAUAAUUAUGUGAAUAUAUUGUAUACAUAUAUAUUUACAU